GGGAAUCCCGAACCAAAGGUUGAAAAGAUGGGAAAUGCAGAAAGCAAUGCCUAUCAGAAUCACCUUUCCAGAUUUCUUCCUGAGGAGCAGUCUGACAUUGAUGGAGUAUUUGAUACCUUAUCAGAAUCGGGAGGCUCAGCUGGAGCAAAAAAUGGCAAAGCUACAAAGAAAACUGUGACUCUGGCAGCACUACAGGCGUAUAUGCGGGAGCCAUUACCAGAGCAAAUGACUGUUCGGUUAUGCAACGGAAUGAAAAGUAUUGACCUGACUGGGAAAUCAUCUGGGCUGAGUGAACAGAUUGCGAAGGAGCAGUUUGUAAUUUUUAUGUCAAACCUCUUAAAAGGGAAUGCAGAUGAGAAGAUUACCAUAAUAAUGAGAAUGAUCUCCAAGACAGAAGGGCCUGUGAAGGGCAAACAAAUCCAAGAGUUCACAGAGGAUCUGAUCAUGUCUGUAGUCCAUGUACUGAGCUACAGGAAGGAACUGAAAGGUUGGAAUUUGGAGAAUACUAGGGAUUCUGCAAGUGGAGUAAAGGCUCUGGCUUCUCAGCUGCUGUCAGAAUUGAAGCUUGCAGAUGGGACAAAACCUGUGGGUCCUCAGCUGAUGGAGACAAAUUUUGAUCAAAGUGUCAUUGAGGAUUGGGUGUACCGAGUUCCACAGAUCUCAGUUUUCCUCAGUGUUGUUAUCAGGCAAGGCCUCCAUGUUCUGCAUUCUCUCCCAGACCAAACCAAAGACAUAGUCAACCUGGUUCCAGGCUGCAAAGGCAUCAAAGGAAGAGGACUUGUCAGUCUCUUUGACAUCCCAUCCAUCAUAUACAUCAACUCCCAUCUGCCUGCAGAGCUACAGCACAAGUGGCAGCUUUUAUUUUCUUCUAGGCUUCAUGGAGAAAGCUUUUCACAGUUAUGUGGGCAUAUAGUGAACAAAGGUCCUUGCAUAGUGAUCUUAAAGGACUUAGAUGGUUAUAUCUUUGGUGGGUUUGCAUCUCACUCCUGGGAGGUGAAGCCUCAGUUUCAAGGUGACAACAGAUGCUUUCUAUUUUCUGUUUUCCCCUCUCUUGCUGUAUACACAUACACAGGAUAUAAUGACCACUAUAUGUAUUUGAACCAUGGCCAACAAACAAUGCCAAAUGGACUUGGUAUGGGUGGACAACAUGGUUACUUCGGACUCUGGAUAGACAGUGACUAUGGGAAGGGACAUAGUAAAGCAAAACCUCGAUGUACCACCUACAACAGUCCCCAGCUGUCAGCUAAAGAGGAUUUUACACUGGAUGCCAUGGAAGUUUGGGCAGUGGGAGACCUCCCUGAAAGUGCAGGGACAAAAGGUAAGAAGAGUAUCCUGGAUAUAGAUCCUGAGGCUCAGGCCUUAUUAGAAAUGGCUGGAAAAAGUCGUCAGAGCGAAGGUCUACGAGAACCCAUUGAAGAGGACGACAAUGAUGAUGAUAACUAAAAGAAU